GCCAAAAAUCAUUAUUUGACCUUCACUAUGAGUUUGAAAUAUUAACAUGGGAAAAUGACUGUUCAUUUUAAUUCUGUUCAUGUUUUUUCUGUUCUCUUCGAAAAAUGUUAUGUUACUAAAUCUGUAUUUAUGUUUAAUAGUAUAAAUACAAGCAUACUAAAGGUUUAUUGAGUUAGUUUUCUUUCGGAGACAUUACAAUAAACAUGGCGUUAUUUUUUGAUAGUGGAUUUUGGGAUAUUGCGACAAUAUUGAGUUUUUGUAGCGUGGCAUUAUAUUUCUACAUUCAACACAUUUACUCCUAUUGGGAUAAAAGGAAUGUGAAAUUCGCCACACCAAUUUUUCCUUUUGGAAAUCUUAAGGAUGCAUUCUUGCUGAAGAAAAGCUUUGCAGACGUUUUUCAAGAAUUAUAUAAUUUCACCGAUGAACCCAUUCUCGGACUGUAUACAACUAAUAAACCAGCACUUAUGGUUAAGGACACAGAACUCCUACGUUUAAUUAUGAUAAAAGAUUUCCAAUAUUUCCAUGAUCGUGGUGUAUAUAUGAAUGAAAAUCUGGAUCCACUUUCGGGACACCUUUUUUCAAUAACCGGAGACAAAUGGAGGCAACUACGCGCUAAAUUAACACCAACAUUUACAUCUGGAAAAAUCAAGGCCAUGUUUCAAACGUUUCUCAAUUGUGGCAAAUCUCUUGAAACAUUUUUAGCUAAGAAUGCAAAUGAAAAUACAGAAGUUGAAAUGCGUGAUUUAUUGGCAUGUUAUUCAACAAAUAUAAUUGCUUCAGUUGCAUUCGGAUUAGAAACAGACACAAUUACAGAACCCGAAGCUACUUUUAGGAUAAUGGGAAGAAAGUUUUUUGCUCCUACGCUGAAAAAUAUCUUCAGAUUAACUUGUUUAUUCAUACUACCACAUAUAGGAAGAAUGUUUAAAAUUAAAUCUGUUGAUGAUGAUUAUGAAAAUUUCAUCUUCUCUAUGGUCAAAGACAUAAUGAACUACAGAGAAAAGAAUAACAUUCAAAGAAAAGAUUUUAUGCAACUUCUCUUACAAUUGAAAAAUACUGGUAAGGUUGAUUAUGGAGAUACUUGGGACAUUCAAGCAACCAACAACAGUAAUGGUAAAACAUUGUCCUUAAAUGAAUUAGCAGCUCAAGCUCACGUAUUUUUCUUAGCCGGUUUUGAAACAACUUCAACAACUAUGUCUUUCUGCUUCUACGAAUUAGCCAAAAACCCUCAUAUACAAAAAAAAGUACAGGAAGAAAUUGAUGAACUAACAAAGAAAUAUAAUGGAAGAAUAACAUACGAAUCUAUCAAUGAAAUGAAAUAUUUGGAGAAUUGUAUUGACGAAACAUUACGCAUGUAUGCACCAGUUCCCGUUCUCAAUCGUGAAUGCACAACUGAAUACAAAGUACCUGGCAGAGACAUAAUUAUCGAAAAAGGUACAAGGAUUUUCAUACCAGCACAUGCGAUCCACCAUGAUCCUAAAUACUACCAAAAUCCUGAAAGUUUUAAGCCAGAAAGAUUUAAAACAGAUGCUUCAAAUAAUGAACAAAAGGGCAUCAUAUAUAUGCCUUUUGGCGAUGGUCCUAGAGCUUGUAUAGGGCUCAGAAUGGGGAAACUUCAAUCCAAACUUGGAAUUGUACUAAUACUCUCGAAAUUCAACAUUCAAUUGGGUGAUAAACUUAAAAAUUUGGAAAAAAUUAAGUUUGAUUUGAAAAGCUUUACACCAUCAAUUGAAGGUGGAAUGUUUGUUAAAGUCACGCACAGGAAAUGUAUUCAUUAAACGGGCUAAAGAUUUAAACUUAAAGCUUGUUUAAAUUAUAUUGCUUGAUUUCUUUAUUUUUGACCACUUUUAGUACUGAAAGCCAAAUAAGAAAUAUAAACGUAUUUUAUUUCAAACAAAAAUCAUUGUUCUUUUUUUUAGACAAGAACUUUGACUAAAAAUAUGAUUUAAAGAAAUUUAUAUCAAAAUGAAUGUAUUCUAUGACACUGACUGAUAUUAUCUGACCUCACCUGAAAAUGGGACCUAAAAGACCUAAAAUUUUAUGAAGGUGAAAUCACUAAAAAUAAGGUAAUUGAUUAUCAAAAUGUAAUAUUUUUCAAUAAGAACCACUGAAGUAUUUCUUUAUAAUGUGAAGAGUCGCAACAUCUUUCUUUUUAAAUAUUGAUCAAUUUUGCAAAUAAAAAUUUUAUAUUCGUGCUUUUUAAAGUACGAUUUUUAAAUAUGUUAAUACUGAAUUAAACAGUGUAGAAAUUUAAAAAAAAAAAACAAA